AUGGUUGUGUGUGCGCUUCGAACAAGUCGGAAGGGGCGGGUGCUAGCGGGCGCCGGGGUGCUAUUGGCAAUGAUAUGUGCUGCAAGUGGAAGCACUUUUAUGUGCAAGGAGGCAGACGAGGGCGGGCGCAGAGAAGGUGUUUCGAAAGAGGCAUGCGGCAGGGGGUGCAAGCGUUUGGAGGCAGCCAUUAAUGAGAACGCGCAUUUGAAGGUAGCCUUAAAAGAGCAGGCAGAAAUCUUCAACGCGGAGAUAGUGCAAACCAUAGAGUGUAUGGAGGCGGAGAAACAGCAAAAAACAAAGCGGAUAGAGACAGACCAAUGCUGCGCUGCGAAGUUGAAGGCGUCCAUAUACGAGCUGGUAAAAUGCUUGAAAGAAGAGAGAAGGCAAAGCACAAAGCAGAUGGAGGCAGACCAAGGCAUCAUUAUAAAGCUGAGGGCGAUUAUAAACGAGACAAUAAACGGAUUGAGCGCCGAGAGGCCGCAGGAUGCUGCGUGGCUGGAUGCGGUCAUAAAAGAGCAAGAGGAACUUGUGGAAGUAGAGAAAAGGCAAGUGCUAGAGGAAAUCGAGGCAGAGAAGAGGCAGCAUGCGCUUUUUACGUCAGUUAUGCAGAAUUUAGAGUGUUUGGGCGCAGAUGAAAUGCAAGGCAUAUGGCAGAUGGAGGGCGAGAGCCUGCGCAGGAAGAAAAUGUAUCUUGAGACCUCGGUUUAA